AUGGCUAGCCUAUUCUCACUCGAGGGAGAAACGGCUCUGAUCACCGGUGGCACUAGAGGCAUCGGACAAGCCGUGGCAGUUGCUUUAGCCGAAGCUGGAGCUGAUAUUCUGUUAGUUCAGGGCAAGACACCAGCAACAGAAACUCAAAAGGCCGUUGAAUCAUUGGGUCGCAAAGUCUCUGUAUAUACCUUGAAUCUAAGCUCAGCAGAGGACGUAUCAAAGCUAGUACCUAAAAUUCUAGCCGACGGCCACACGAUCCGGAUCCUCAUCAACUGCGCAGGUAUCCAGAUCCGCCACCCCCCCGAGGUCUUUCCUGAUAGCGAUUUCAACCAGGCAAAGCAGGUCAUGCAAGUAAACCUCAACUCUGUCUUCACCAUCUGCCGCGACGUCGGCGCCCACAUGCUCAAGCUGGACCCCUCUUCCGUGACGGGCCGACGGGGCAGUAUCAUCAACUUCGGCUCUCUGCUCACCUUCCAAGGCGGGCUAAAUGUGCCCGCCUACGCGGCUUCCAAGGGCGCCGUGGGCCAGCUGACCAAGAGUUUUGCCAAUGGCUGGUCCGACAAGGGCGUCACGGUGAACUGCAUUGCGCCUGGGUAUAUUGAGACAGACAUGAAUACGGCUUUGCUCAACGACAAAGAAAGGUUGGCGAGUAUCAGUGCGAGGAUUCCCGCCGGAAGGUGGGGUGCGCCGGAUGACUUUAAAGGGUCGGUCGUGUUUCUUGCUAGUAAGGCGAGUGCAUAUGUCACCGGACAUACGCUUGUGGUUGAUGGCGGCUGGAUGGGCCGGUAGACAAUGCCAAUAAGCAAUUAAAAUAAAUAUGUCGACUUUGAAGAGGAAUAUCGUAUUGAUGCUUUCAGAACUGAGAUGUGCCAGAAACAAAUACAUUGGAUGAGACUAUUCAAGUAGUGGACUUUUCCAAUGUUCUCACAUCCUUCAAGGUUCCCAUUACCGAUUCCAUCCAGGGGUAUACCGACGCAUUGGCCAUCGGAUAUCCCAUGUGUAGAGCGUUCGAGUAAAAUCUGGCUUCCUUUGGGGAGCCGUACUCGAAAAGCAUCGUAGAGUCCUCAAUUGGCAUCAGCCCAUCAUGAGUACC